CUGUUUAAGCUUUAAAGGUUGGGAUGCUCGUUUGUUAAGAGAUCAAAACUUGGACGAGGAAUUUUCACAUAGAUUUCUACCGUUCUGGUUAUACCGCUGAAAAAAACAUGUCACGACCAGAGAUAUAUUCGCCAGAAGGUCUGCGGAUAGACGGACGAAGAUGGAACGAAGUACGGCAUGUUAGAUGCGCAAUCAACACACAUCAAGCCUCGUCAGACGGCUCUUCGAUAAUCGAGCAGGGCAACACCAAAGUGAUUUGCAACGUCGUCGGACCCGGCGAGCCCACAGGCGGCGGCGUCGGUGGCAGCGGAGGCAACCAGAGAGCAAAGGACGACAACCGCGUGAUUUUGACGGUGAAAGCGGUCGUGGCGCCGUUCAGCACUAUCGACCGACGGAAACGAUCUGGAAACGACAACAGGGUUCAGGAGAUGUGUCUUACGAUCCAGCAUAUUUUCGAAGAGGCAGUUAUGGGACAUUUGCAACCGCGGUCGCAGAUUGAAAUUAGCUUGUAUGUGCUGUCGCAGGACGGUGGGAUGCUGCAAGCAUGUAUCAAUGCGGUAUCGCUUGCUCUCGUCGACGCAGGAAUCCCGAUGUACGAUUACGUGUGCGCUUGUACGGCGGGAAUGUAUGAUAAAGAGGUGCUACUGGAUCUAAACAGACUAGAAGAAAACGACAUGCCGUUCCUAACAAUGGCGACCCUAGGGGCUACGCGCAAAGUAGCGCUGAUGCAGCUGGAAACCCGCGUUGGGAUCGACAGGCUGGAGCCGAUGAUGGCGGCAGCUAUGUCGGGAUGCCAUCAUUUGCGAGACGUGAUGGAUGCAGAGGUGCGCAAGCAUGGCAAGAGUCGGUUGGCGCGGACCGGCGUGUAGAGUACAAUAGCAAUCGAUAAUAUAUGAACAAAUAAAGAUCACU